AUGACGGGGCUUUCGACAGCAGAUGAGCAGACAAGCGAGACGCUGUUGGCAUCUGGUGGAACCGCUAGAACACCGUCUCUAGAAGAGCUCCGAGACAAAGAACACAAGGCUCAUAUCUCUAUGGGCAUCGGAUCUGAGACACUUUCUGCGAGCAGACACGAGCUGCCAGCCGCUUUUGCGACGCGAGAGGAUGAUGGCAUCCCUGGUCAGGCAUGGACCUCAAAAAAGCAAUAUGUGGCGCCCGACGGUCAACUCGUGCUCCCGCAACACGAGGAGCGAAACCUCGGGCUCUCUUCUCAACUUGCAGAAAACACAACAGAACCCGCCAUUGCGCACUCAAACCAGCAACGAAUGAUCGACUCAAUGACGGACGCGACAGCAUCGGCGCCAGCUAAGAAGGAGAAGCCGCCCAGGCUCGAUCGGCUAUCCGAUGACCCCGCGGCGGCCAAGACAGACACUAGCGAACCCGUGGGAAGGACUCAAGCAGCACCCGAUGUGGUAUCUGCCAACCGUAACGCAUAUGAGGCGAACCAACACCUGCCUCGCGAUGUAUUUCCUGCGCUGCGGUCGCCUUUGACGCAUCCCAAUGGCGUCUCGAUUUUCCCAGAUCUGUCGGUCGAGCAAGAGGUCACAGAAUCGUCGGAAGCUGCAACGCAAGCCGAAAGCUCCAUCGUGGCAGACAGUGACGACAUGGCCUCGAUUUUCGACGGCACAGAGUCGGAUGGCGGAUACGGAAGCGACAGUGCGACAAAUGCCAGUACGUCCGUCACGUCAUCAGUCCGAGAUUAUAUGUACGAGAAUGGGCGACGCUAUCACCGCUUCCGAGAAGGACUGUACAACUUUCCCAACGACGAGGUGGAGCAGGAGCGUGAAGACAUGAAGCAUGCCAUGGUGAAGCUCCUGUGCAAUCAGAAGCUGCACUUUGCACCCAUUGGCGAGUGGCCGCAGCAAAUUCUGGACAUCGGGACGGGGACAGGCGCAUGGGCUAUUGAGAUGGGCGACCAGUUUGAGAGUGCAACAGUGCUGGGAGUCGAUCUCAGCCCCAUUCAACCGGACUGGGUACCGCCAAAUGUCAAAUUUGAGGUCGACGAUGUGGAAAGUUCGUGGUUGUAUCCAAGGAAUCAUUUCGAUUAUAUCCAUUCUCGACACACGGUUAUGGCCAUCAAGAACUGGAGAAACCUGUUCCAUAGGGCAUACGAGCACCUGAAACCCGGCGGCUGGAUCGAAUUGCAAGAGAUCCAUCACUUCCCGUCAUCGGCAUACAACGCCAUGCCGCCCUCACACCCGGUGGCUCAGUAUUGGAGUUUCGUAACCCAGGGACUCACGAGCCUCGGCAUCGACUUUAAUGCUGCCGCAGGUGACCGGCUGCCUAAUAUGAUGCGCGAGGCCGGGCUCGUCAACGUGACGGAGAAGAUUUUCCACGUACCGCUUGGUACGUGGCCGCGAAACAGGGUGCUCAAGACAGUAGGCAUGUACUGGAGGACGAUUCUUCUCGACGGACUGCAGGCGAUUGCCCUCGGCCCACUGACCAGAGGGUUGCUAUGGACACCAGAGCAGAUUGAAAUGUUCCUCGUCAGCGUGCGGCGAGCGUAUCACGAUAAUGCGGCGUUGAUGUACAUGCCAUUGCGGAUCAUGUAUGCGCAAAAGCCGGCGUAUGGGGAUUUCCCUAGGUAUUCGUAG